AUGGACAGACUUGUUAAGCCUGAAUUGGAGGAACUCAAACUAUGCUUCAUCAGAUGGCAAAAGUGUUCUGCAACUUUCAUGUUAACAAAUCUCAUGCACACCAUGUCUGUAGCCAUUAGUCUCUCUACCACCAAGCCUUCUGUUUUCUCUUUCUCCCAUCCCUUUUCCAUUAUUCCUCCCCUCUCUACUGCUUCCUUCACUCUUUUCUUGACUCAUCCUUGUGAUCAGCCUCCACUUUCUACGCCUUUGGACACCAUUAUGAUUAAGUCAUCUAUGCUUCCUACUGGUAAAGCUAGUCAGGAUGAUCUUCGCCGUCUUUUCUCAAGAAUUGGAAAACAUAUUUUCAAAGAUGCCAAGAUUCCCAUCUCCCUUGUUGGUCCACAAGUUGCAGAGUUUCUUCUUUCACCUAAUUCUUCAGUUUCAUCUGACACUUUCUUGGAUGUCAGUUCACUUCUGCCAAAAGCCUUGUCUUCGUGUGGUGGCUGUCAGCUUGAUUCGUUGCUUAAAUCUGCUGCCAAGAAUGGAAAUUCCCACUUUAUUUCAGCUCUGGUAGAGGCUGGUGCUGAUGUUAAUAGAAGGGACUCUGAUGGCAAAUCUGCUAUGUCACUGGCUGUGAAAUCUGGAAGUAUUGAUUCUGUUCAGGUCCUGAUUGAGUCUGGUUAUACUAUUGACAACUCUGCUGAUAGGUUUCUGCAUGUUGCAUCAGCCAUGGACCGCGUGGACUUGAUGGAGAUUCUUUGUUUGGGUUAUGCUGACAUAGAUUUGAACUCAAUUGACUUUCAAGGUAGAACUCCCCUUCACAUAGCAUCGAUUCAUGGGCAUGUUGAGGUGAUUCAGUUUCUUGUUUCAGUAGGGAGUGAUACAGAUAUGUUAGACUCUCAAGGUUGGACUCCUUUGCAUUUUGCUGCUCACCAAGGCCAUUUUGAAGCAGUUGAUUUCGUACUAAAUCAUUCCAAUUUUGCAAAAUAUGCUCUAACAAAACAAGGGAAGACUGCCUAUGAGCUUGCUACCGAUAAGGGUCACUCCAAAUUGUACGAUCUUUUACUAUUGGGAGACACUUUGCAUCGGGCUGCAAGAAAAGGGGAUGUUUCUGAUAUCAAAAAAUGUAUAACUGAAGGGGCGAAUGUGAACGGAAAGGAUCAGAAUGGUUGGACUCCUUUGCACAGAGCAGCUUUUAAGGGUAGAAUUGAAGUGGUAAAGGUUUUGGUAAAACAUGGAGCUAAGCUUGAUGUUGUUGAAGAUUGUGGACACACGCCGCUUCAUCUUGCUAUUGAGGCUGGACAAAAGAAUGUGGCUAUGUAUUUGAUUGCUCAAGGUGCUAAGGCUAAAUUUAAAAGCUUUAAAGCUGAAGGAGUGGCUCCACGCGAUUUGGAGAAUUUCACGACCCAUCCUUCACAUCUACAUACUGCAACUUUAUAUCAUGUGAAGCAUGAAAGAGCUUGA